GGCUGAUGUGUAAGUACCUUCAGCCAGCGAAGCGUGGGCGGCGGGCUGCGGGGUAAAGACACCGCCGGAGAAUAUUUCCUUAUUUCUCUCCGCGCGGGCGCUCGGUCGGCUGCCGGAGCAUCACCUCUGUCGCGCGGCGCAGAAAAAGCUACAAAAAUAACUCGAGCCGUUUAAACUUGUUCCGAAUUGUUUAAGGUUGUUUUUGGAGUGCCGUGCUCGUUCGAAGCGCGCGUGACGGAGAGGGUGAGCGAGAAGAAGAAGAGAGGGAGAAAGUGUGCGCGUGUGUGCGCGUGUGUGUGUGCGUUUUGAUGUUAUUUGUGACGGAAUCCCCCCUUCAGUCUUCAAGAAUCCGCGAGCGGCGCGAGGAGGAGAGGAGGAGGCGCGCGGACCUGUCCACGAGCCACUGCGGAACGCGCGGGGCUGCCGCUGGAGAUUCCAAACCAACGGUUAUUUUGGAUUGUAGAGUCUUAACUGAUCCCCGCGCACUUCAACGGCUUUUUUAUUCCCCUUUUCCCCAGUCCGUCUCCACCGUUGAAUGAACGGUGUUUGACACCUUAACCGAGAGGAAUACUACCUAUCUACCGGGGGGGGGGUGAGGUGCUGGUGGAGGUCUUCAGAGGCAGACAGGUGGAUUUAUCCGUGCGGUGGUGUGUUUUUUUUUGGGGGGGGGGGACUGGAUGGAGGAGAAAUUGAUGGAUUAAUUUGACGGAGAAGAGUCGUAUGUGAUUCACACUCCUGCCGAGGGCACCCGAAUGGAGUAACAGGCUGCAAUGUCAUCUCCACCUGGCCGCCUGGAGAGAUGUGUCACGGGAAUGGGAUCAAGUUUGAACACUUUUCCUCUGGUUUCACUGACGCUGUGAGAAGGAACCAAAAUGCCAGUAAACGGACAGGUCACGGUGGCUGCCUGCACGGGCCCUCAGACCACGGCAGUAAAAUUCAGCAUUCAUCGCACGGACUCCGAAGAAGAAGGCGCAAAACCUCCGCUACCGCAAACCUGCAGCAGCCACGCUUUGUGACAACGAAGGGUAUGAUGGGUGUAGUAGGCUGGCUGUUGCUCCUACUCUCCCAGAUGAUGGUGCCUGUGGCGUCCCAGAAGCCUCCAGGUCUCAGUGUGGGUGUGAUCAUGGGCCAGACGCGCUACAUUUCCGAUCAGGAUCUCCGCCCAUCUCGGCGCCCUGAUGAUGCCCUUGACGUCUCCGUGGUAAUACUGAGGAUCAACCAGACAGACCCAAAGUCUGUGAUUACACAGGUGUGUGAGCUUCUGUCACGCACUCGUCUCCAUGGCCUUGUGUUUGCCGAUGGCACGGAUCAGGAGGCCAUUGCCCAGAUCCUUGACUUCCUCUCCGUUCAGACGCAACUUCCAGUCCUGGGAGUCCACGGAGGCUCCUCUAUGAUUAUGGCUGACAAGCGGUGGAGGGAGGAUGAGAAGUCCACUUUCUUCCAGUUCGGCGCGGCUUUGCAGCAGGAGGCUUUGCUCAUGCUUUCCAUCAUGGAGGAAUAUGACUGGCAUAUUUUUUCUAUCGUCACUUCCAAGUUCCCUGGGUACCAGGAUUUCAUCAGCACACUGAAGAUAACCGUGGAUCACAGCUUUGUGCGCUGGGACCUGCAGAGUGUGGUGACUCUAGAUGCCGUAGAUGGCGACCCAAACUCUAAAUCACACAUUGCCCUAAAGAGGAUCCAGAGUCCCGUUAUACUCCUGUACUGCUCCAAGGAUGAGGCUGUGUAUAUACUCGAGGAAGCUCGGUCCUUGGGCCUGAUAGGAGCUGGUUACAUUUGGAUUGUGUCCAGUCUCACCACUGGCAACCCAGACUUUACCCCUGAGGUGUUUCCCCUGGGUAUGAUCUCCGUGUCUUAUGACGACUGGGAGUACCCGCUGGAUACGCGGGUACGGGAUGGGGUGGGCAUCAUUUCAUCCGCAGCCACCUCCAUGCUGCGGGAGAAGGGGGAGCUGCCAGAGGCCCAGAGCAGCUGCUACAGCACACCGUCAGACAGGAGCCCGGGGAAGCUCCCACCUAGUGCCCUGCGCAGACACAUGAUGCAUGUAUGGAAUGAAGGGCGUGACUUAUCCUUUACUCCAGAUGGUUACCAGGCCAACCCCAAAUUGGUUGUCAUUGUCCUGAAUAGUGAAAGGAAGUGGGAGAAGAUGGGCCGUUGGGAGAAUGGGACCCUGGCGUUGAUGUUCCCAGUGUGGCCGAGGUAUAACUCCUACGGGGAUGAGGAUGCGGAUGAAAACCAUCUCUCAAUCGUCACCCUGGAGGAGAAACCUUUUGUCAUUGUCGACAACGUGGACAUCCUCACCGGCACCUGCAUGAGAAACUCUGUGCCCUGCCGCAAGCAUGUCAAAAAUAACAGCACAUCAGGAGGUUCCUACAUUAAGCAGUGCUGCAAAGGUUUCUGCAUCGACAUUCUAAAGAAGAUAGCUAGGAACGUCAAGUUCACUUAUGACCUGUACCUGGUCACAAAUGGAAAACACGGCAAGAAGAUCAACAAUGUGUGGAACGGCAUGGUUGGAGAGGUGGUGUAUAAGAAGGCGGUGAUGGCAGUCGGUUCAUUGACCAUCAAUGAGGAGAGGUCAGAGGCCAUUGACUUCUCUGUGCCCUUUGUGGAGACUGGCAUCAGCGUCAUGGUGUCACGUAGCAAUGGGACCGUCUCUCCUUCUGCCUUCCUCGAGCCCUUCAGUGCAUCAGUUUGGGUGAUGAUGUUUGUGAUGCUGCUCAUUGUCACAGCCAUCGCCGUCUUCCUCUUUGAGUUUGUCAGUCCGCUGGGCUUCAACCGCAACUUGGCCCAAGGCAAAGACCCACAUGGUCCAUCAUUCACCAUCGGUAAGGCCAUUUGGCUGCUGUGGGGUCUGGUGUUUAACAACUCUGUACCCGUGCAGAACCCAAAGGGCACCACCAGUAAGUUCAUCGUAUCAGUGUGGGCCUUCUUUGCCGUCAUCUUCCUGGCCUCCUACACUGCCAACCUGGCUGCCUUCAUGAUCCAGGAAGAGUUUGUGGACCAAGUCACGGGACUGUCUGACAAGAAGUUCCAGAGUCCAUACUCCUAUUCCCCUCCAUUUCGCUUCGGGACUGUUCCUAACGGCAGCACUGAGCGCAACAUCAGGAAGAACUAUCCAGAUAUGCAUCAGUACAUGACCAAAUACCAUCAGACUGGUGUCCAUGAUGCACUGGCCACCCUCAAGUCUGGAAAGCUGGAUGCUUUCAUUUACGACGCUGCAGUGCUGAACUACAUGGCUGGCAGAGACGACGGCUGUAAGCUGGUCACCAUCGGCAGCGGGUACAUCUUUGCCACCACAGGUUAUGGUAUCGCCCUGCAAAAAGGAUCCUACUGGAAACGCCAUGUUGAUCUGGCCAUACUGGGCAUCAUAGGAGAUGGAGAGAUGGAGGAGCUGGAGGCCCAGUGGCUGACAGGGAUCUGCCACAAUGAGAAGAACGAGGUGAUGUCCAGCCAGCUGGACAUAGACAACAUGGCAGGUGUCUUCUACAUGCUGGCCACAGCCAUGGGCCUCGCCAUCCUCACCUUCAUCUCUGAACACCUUUUCUACUGGAGGCUAAGAUACUGCUUCACUGGUGUCUGCACUGGGAGGCCGGGUCUGCUAUUCACUAUCAGCAGGGGUAUAUGGAGCUGUAUCCAUGGUGUUCAUAUAGAUAUGAAGAAAAAGAAUCCUGAGCUGGACUUUAGUCCUCAAGCCAACAUGCUGCAUCUGCUCAAGUCUGCCAAGUCCAUGGCUUUGUCUUCUCCCAAACGCAACACUGUAGUCUUGCAGCCUAACAUCCUAGACGUGAUGACGGGGAAAGGUAACUCACUCCAUAGUCUGCCCCAGAAGGGUCCUGGUCUCUAUAGCAACGCCGCUGGCCCGCACAGUUUCUUGUCAUUGUCCGGGAGACACAAAAACCUCCUUAACAAUGCUGCGCCAUUUCCGGCGCAACAAAAAGCCCCCCCUCUUCAAACCAGCCCCAACAAGCCCCAGCUGUCAAUCACCAACGACAACGGCAAGACCCGCCUCGCCGGGCCGGCCGUCUCUGCUGGUCCACAGGCCUCUAAACCCCGAGCCCUAUGGAAGAAAAGUGUGGAGACGUUGAAGACCCAGCCUACUGUUGUAUCUCCCGGCCCAAGCCCUGUCCCAACAUCUGGACCUGGACCUCCACCAAUGAAGAGCCAGCGUUACCUGCCUGAAGAGCCGCCGCACUCUGACAUCUCAGAGUGCUCCAGCCGGCCGCCAUCACACAAAGAUUCUGAUUCCAUGGCGGCGAGGGGUGGAUUCAAGCCUAUCAAUCAGCUGAGGAAGAGGGUUGGGGGAGGAGGAGGAGGAGGAGGAGGUGGGGGUGGAGGAUCCAAGAUCUACUCCAUUGACUCAGACCAGGCCAGUCUCCAUUCCGCUCCGCCCUACCAGCGAGACAGCCAGGGGGGAGGUGACGACCACAGUUACCCCCCUGACCUGUUUCCACCUGACAGCACAUACUCCCACAGUCACACGCUCUCCCACCAGGCGGACGCACCCAUUUUGCAGCUGAGUGCCAGCCUGCUGCACCAUAGUCACAGCGCAGAGGCUGACCUGCACUCCCUGAAGGACAAGAAAUAUAGCACCUACACACACAGCAGCGCGAAGGACAAAGCAGGAGGUUCAUUCGAAGCUCCAGGUGCAGGACAGGGGACACAAAGCGCCAGGCCCGGCCACUGUCGCUCCUGCCUGACCAAGCUGAGCGGUUACUCCGGCCUUUACACUGUCCGCUCACCACAGGCUCGCUGUGAUGCCUGCGCCCACCUGGGAAACCUGUACGACAUCAGCGAAGACCACCUGCACUCCCACUACUCCCACACACACGCUCACCCACACAGCGGGGACAUGUUUACUCACUACCUUCCCCAGAGCGAGCUGGGCCUGGUGGGCGAAGGGGACGGGCUAGUCAACCCCUUCGAGCCCUCCCCUUCCUCUCCGUCUCCUCUCCCCACCUCCUCGUCGGCCCAACACCUUCAGCUGAGUCGUCAGCACUCCUACGAGAAUGUGCUUCCGGACGGCGUUCCCGAGCGUCAGUCGCAGCUGCACGCCCACCUGCGGGGGCUGAGCCUGCCUGACAGAGAUAGGGAGAGGGAGCUGACCCUGGACGAGGGGGCCUAUGCUAAUGUUCUCACAAUGCGCUCGGAUCGUCCGUUCAGCAGCCGCAGCCCCCCCUCUCCGUCACCCUCCCACCACCACAGUCUGGACGCCCCUAUGCCCCUCCCCCGGCGCUCAAAGAGUCUCUUCCCUGAUCGCCCCUCUCACAACCCUUUCCUCCAGUCAGCUCCUGGCACGACACAACGAGAUCCCUCCCCCCAGGCUGUUACACGCAUGCCACAGAGAAGUUCCGCCCACGAGCUCUAUAAGCAGCGAAUGCCGCUGUCGCUUACGCUAGGUAACCAUGGCAGCCAUCACAACAACCAGCAUGGCGGCCUUGUCGACCAACAGGUGUUCUACCCUCAACAGGAGCCCCCCGUGGUGGCCUACAUGGUCCCACCUGCCGCCGCUCAGCCAAUGAACUAUGUGACAGCGCCGCGAGCUUCGAGCGCAGGUGGCAACAGACCCCGGCUCUACCGCCGCAUGCCCAGCAUCGAGUCUGAUGUCUGAGAGUCACACGCAACACACUUACUCUCGCUGAAACACACUAGCACACACGCAUGCAAGACAGAGGUGUGUGUGACCGGACCAGGCAGCUCUGAUUCUAAGCACAUACACAGAAACACACAGACAGAGACACAUACAGACACACUGACACACACGCACACACAUGGGUGAAAGACGGGAAGGUCUGCUCUGGACUAAAAGGUUAAUGGGGAUGCUAAGUAAAGAGUAAAUAAAUCGUUCUUUAACACACCCUCUAUGGGGCAGGGUUGGGGCCACAGGGACACCUGGAGGCACAAUACAAGAUGAAGAGUGUGAGCGUGUGUACUAGCCUCAAGCUAAGGCCAACGAGGCACAGACUAUCAAUAUGUCUGACAAGACCGAUCGAAUCCCUGGUGGAAUAAGAGGGACACUGUGUACGGAGUUUAACGCCAACAGUGGGAUCUGAUGGAAGAUACAACAGUGUGUUUGGAACAUGAGCCGACUUGUCCUGCCCUCUCACCAACCUCUUGGAGAUGAAGGGGACACACAGAAAACACCUUUCUUUCUGAGAUCACACACGCAUACAAACAAACACAUACACACACACACACACACACACACACACACACACAGACACAUAUAUAUCAGCUAAACACACCCGCCCCACUCCAGGACUCUCCUGUUGCACUAUGAUUUCUUCGGUCAACCCAUAUGUUGUCUGAGCCUCCAAACUGCACUGCCAGCAUGGCUUAAAGAGUAGUAAACUACGCUAGAGCAGUCGCUGACUAAAUGGAAAUUACUAUAUUUGUGAUAGACUAGAAUUGAACUGGGAGGCGGGCAGCUGGUCAGGACACAGGUCUAAGAAGCGUAUCAGCUCCUGCCCGCAGAUGUACAAACACUCGAACACACACACACACACACACACACACAGGGGGGGAGGGGAGUAAAACUACAGACUGUUUGUUAUUGUUGAUGUCAGUUAAUUGAACAUUCCAAAAAGUGGACCAAACAUGGCCGCCAGUCGAAGCCUAUCAGGAGGAGAGUGUGUGUUCUAGUGUUUCUAGAUCUAGAGACAUACAGUACAGUAUAGCACCCUUGCUUCCUCUCUUAGCUAGCCUUCAGGUCAUACUGCAUGCUUCCUACUGCCCUGUGUUACAGUUAAACUCCUAUACAGGGUCAAAUAUGCACACACGCACACACACAUAAUAUGCACAUACACACACACAUGCACAUACACAGUAGUCUAGGAUAGUAGUUUAGGGUGGGUGUGUGUGUGUCGAAGCUAUGAGAUAGCUUCUCUUUGUGCACUUUGUAGAUUUUAUACCCUGCCACCUAACACAGACGUUUGACCAAAAACACUUUUAUACUGAAAAAUAUGAAUAUUCUCAAUCAUUCGCUGGAUAGAUGUUUUCUUUUCUCUUAUUUCUCUUUGACAUUGGGUUUUAGGGCACCAUUAAGUUUCCAUUGUGAGGUCAGACAUUUUACAGUGUUAGAUAAUGGGUACAGCAUUAUACAGUAUACACAACAACAACAACUCUUAAUCUCUCUCUUCUUUUUUUCACUUUUACUGUGCUCAUCCCUCCUUCUAGCCUUACCUUCUUCCUUCAUCAGCUUUUGUUAAUUCUCUUAAUUACUCCUUGCUUACUUUUUGCUCCUUCCCAAUUUCCAUCUAUUAUAGAGUAGAUUGAGUAUUAAAAGAAUAAAGUUCAGUCGUGGUGUUUAAAACUCAACAUAUUGUUGGAAAUCACUUUAUAUCACUAGUAAGAAUUCCUCACAUCCAACACCGGCUCUCGUAGGAUACAGAACUUUUUUCUAAUCAUUUUUUAUGUUAAACAAAAGAACUUGAGGCCCGUUUUAAUGUUUCCGUAGUGAAUUCAGAGGAUGAGUGCAUCACUGUUGCAGAUUUACUCAUCAAAUUGGUACUCCUGGACGAGAGUAGCUGAUACUUGUGUGGCUCUCUGUUGGCGAGAACAUAGCGCUGUGUUUCAGCAGAGAGUCACGUGGCAAAGCAGAGAGUUUGCAAAGUGACUCGUUACAGAGGCAACAUUCACACACACACACACACACACACACACACACACACACACACACACACACACACACACACACACACACACACAUAUGUACAAACUCGACGAGCUGGCACUGCGUGUAUGAGUGUUCUAGAAAUCCAUAAUCUACUAAGGGCAUUGAUUUUUUUGAGCACAAGGAUUUUGAUGGAAAGAUUUGAUAUUCCAUUAGCUCAGCAUCUGUCUCUAUUUUCUUUCUAUUCUCUCUUUCUCACUCACACACACACACACACACACACACACAUGCACACACACACACACACACAUACAUAUAUCUAUAUAUAUUGGCUGCAAAGAAUGCAAGACAGUUUGAACAAAAAAAUGCACCUUUUGAAUGGUGAACGCUGCCCCUCUUUUGGUAAUCUUAACAGGUUUGGUGUGUGAGUUAUAUGCACAAUAUCAGGUUGCAAUAUUAUACUUCUGUACAGAGAAAUCUUUGUUUUUAAAUGUUAGAAACUGAUUUCAUUUGUUUGAUUUGAAUGGUAUUAAGUGUUGAAUUCAUUUCAAUAACAAUGUGGCUUUUUAUUCUGCUUCUUUAAAGAAAAAAAAGACUGCAUGUUUUUAGAUUCUUGUGUGAUUUAUUUUUCCUCUGGUGUGUUGUUGGUUGGGACCUUACUGUACAGUCCUCACUGCUGGGUUAACAGACUAGUUAACUAUCCCGGUCAGCUAACCAGUUAACUAGCAACACAUAGCUGGGUCUCUCAUCUGAAUCACACUCAAUGAAUAAUGAUAGUCCAGCCUGUGUGGUUAAUACGAACCCCCUCCCACCCACAUAUUUCUCUUCCACUACCAGUCUAUGCUGUUUCACUUAAGAGUGUGAGUGUGAGUGUGUGUGUGUGUGUGUGUGUGUGUGUGUGUGUGUGUGUGUGUGUGUGUGUGUGUGUGUGUGCGCGUGUGUGCGUGUGCAUGUGUGUGAGUGUGUGCACGUGCGUGUGUGUGUGUGCACGUGCGUUUUACACAGUGCAGGCAUUUAUAUAAGACAGAGGAUGAUAUGUGUAACAAGAAGUUGUUUGUGGUGUGUGUAUGUGUGUGUGUGUGUGUGUGUGUGUGUGUGUGUGUGUGUGUGUGUGUGUGUGUGUGUGUGUGUGUGUGUGUAUACUUUUCUGUACUCUCUUCCCUUCGUCCCACACAUAACAUUUGACCCGGCUCUUACUCAUACAACACAAAUACAGUUUCGCACACACACGCAAACACACACACACACAUGUUGCGUCUGUGCUGUUGUGGUUAAGAGAGCAUGUAGAAUGAGUUUUGUACAUCCACCAUCACACAGAUUUUUACACCAACCUUUUGUUUGAUUUUUUUUAAAUUGCAUGACGUGCUUGUGUUUUCGGUGGUACCUAUUUUGCUGCAACGCCAGAGUUGUCCCUGAGUUGACCAACUGAGGCUACAUGUACCAACGUUCCCCUCCACCCUGGUUUGUGCACCAUAUCUGACUGGAGCCCCAGAUGCUUAAACACUCCCGACUCUCGGCCUGCGAUGUCACCAAUAUGGCGCCCAGCUGGCUCCUGCACAACGCCAGCCACCGUCGAGGAACAUGUGGAAGUUUGGUCCAGGUGUCCACAUAUUAUAUACAGUACUGGGUGAAAGGAGUGCGUUGGUGUGUAGUCCUCCGGGUCUCCCUGCCGUGUAUCUCACUUGUGUAUAAGUUCAGGGGUUUCUAAGCUACUAGUUGUGUUGUAAAUACUACCUUGUCACUCAGUACCUCUGUACAAUCUGUAAAUAAGUAAAGGUUACAUUUUUCUACUUGU